UAACAAUGCAUUUAUUGUACUUGUCAACAGGGUACCUUCAAAUUAAACAGACAAAACAUAACAUUAAAUAUGCGGCUUCGAACAUUGUAGACUCAAUAAGUGUCACGUGACUGAUAACAGCCGGACUUUAGAGCUGAAAGCGGAAGUACUUCACAAGAGAAACAGUCCAAAUGUUGAAGCGACGACAGUAAACGCUUUGCUGUAUUUGAACAAAACGUUAGAGGGACAGACAUCAGUCCCCAAACGUCUCGCCCCUUUCUCUUCACAAGCCAGAUAUUUGUGGCGUUUCUUGCGUGAGUGAACGUCUCCCUCUCCCGAGAUGACGUCAUUGCUCCACACUCUCCGGCACCACGCAGACGAGGUCAGCUGCUGCUCCUUCUCGCCGUCGCUCCUGGCGACCUGCUCCGGGGACAAAACCCUCCGCGUUUACAACACGGCCGACUUCUCGGAGCUCCCCUUUUCCCCGCUGUCGGGCCACGGUUACGGCGUCCACUGCUGCUGCUUCAGCUCCUGCGGCCGCCACCUGCUCAGCUGCUCCACGGACGGCUCCGCCAUCGUGUGGCACGCGGGGACGGGCGAGGUGGCCGCGGUGCUGGUGCACCCGGCCCGCAGUCCGCUCCGCGCAUGCGCGGUAGCGCCGGACUCGUCCCUGGUGCUGGCAGGGGCCUGCGAUGGCACCGCGGCCCUCUGGGACUUCCCCUCCAAGGCCUUACGCAGGUGCAGCGCAGUGAGUGAGUCCAGCGUUGCGGCGUGCUGCUUCUCUCCCUGUGGCCAGAUGUUUGUGACCGGCUGCACCCGCGGAGACCUCAAACUGUGGGACACGGACGUCUCCCUCCUGCACGUUGAGAAGGACGCCCACGACCUGGGAGUCGCCUGCUGCAGCUUCGCACCGCAGUUCAAAGUCGCAGAUGGACACCGUGUGGAGUUCCGACUGGCCUCCUGUGGACAGGACAGCCGGCUGACGAUACGCGUUGUCUCCCGGCGUGACGGCGCAGACUGGGGGAUGAAGUUGCUGCACACUUUUACCAGCCAGGUGUCUCCCGUUCUGUCCUGUGCCUUCUCUUGUGAUGGAGAGCUGCUGGUUUCGGGUUCGGUGGAUAAAAGUGUUGCAAUAUAUGAUGCGAACCGGGGAUCCCUGCUGCACACUCUGAAGCAGCAUGACGGGUACGUGACCACUGUGGCUCUGUCUCCCACCGCGCCGCGGAUCGCAACGGGGUCCAUGGACCGAACCGUAAACGUGUGGGGAAUAGGAGAAGAAGUCGGCGGAACAGCAGCUGAAUCAAAGCAGACCGUGUGCCAAGGGAGGAAGUUGCCGGGUCACCGCAGCCUGCUGGUGGCUGAUUGGUCCGAGGAGGAUGUGCACACUUGGCUGUGUGAGGAAGGACUGCAGGAGCUCGCCGGCAUCUUUGAAGCCAACAACAUCGACGGAGCAGAACUCGACCAGCUGAACGGGGAAACAGCAGCGGAGCUGAGAAUCGAGUCCGUGGGCCUCCGCGGUCGUCUUCUGAGGAAAAUCCGGGCCUUGCGGGCCGAGCAGAGUGGUCCCGAUGGCCCCGACGAGUUUCUGUGUCCAAUCACCAGAGAGCUGAUGAAGGAUCCCGUCAUUGCUGCAGACGGGUACUCCUAUGAGCGAGAAUCCAUCCAGAGCUGGAUUAAAGGCAAAAACCAAACCAGCCCCAUGACGAACCUGGUGCUGCAGACCACGCUCCUGACCCCCAACAGGUCUCUGAAGAUGGCAAUAACACGGUGGACCUCGAGCAAGUAGAAAGAAGCUCACAGGAACUAUGCAAUUAAUCUGGAGCUGCUCAUCAUCGGCACGACACAGAAUCCAAAAUGUCAGAUAAGUAAAAAGAUAUUUACUCAGUAAAGAAUCCUAGUAAGGGAAACAUUAUAUUUGAUGAUACGAUCACGGAAAGCAAUACUAAUAAUCUAUAUGAAUAGAUUGAGUAGCUUGCUUCUAAUUUUAAGCAUCUUCCAUUGUCCUGUAAUAAAUGGUCACUGUUCGUUUUCUUCAAAAUGAAAA